AUGGGAGGCUGUGCGAGCAAACCUAAGGAGUAUGACAUCCCUGAGAAGCCUCAGCUUGGGACCGCUGCUCAGGAUAACACUAAUGGAGGUGAGACUCAGACUGAAAAACCUUUGGUAGAUCUUUCUGAAUCAGAUAAAACGGCUCAAGGCUCUUCCUCUGAGCCAGAGGGCGCUGCUUCUGAACCAGUUUCCGCAGAGACAGUGGCUGAGACCGCCAAACCAACAGAGGAGGACGUUAAAGCCUCCACCAACAUUGCUGAGGAUAAGGUUGAGGUUACUGAUAAUACCACAGUACUGCCGGUAAAGGAGGCUGAAGCUGCUCACAAUUCAAAUGCUGCCCCAAGCAAGGAAGAAGUCAAAAGCGAUGCACCUCUCGUCCCUCUGUGA